GCAUUCCAAAAUUUUUUCUAAAAAUUUAUCCCUAAAAUAUUAAACAUUUUGUUUUCGCGCCCUAACUUUUAUUUCUGGGUUAGUCACUGGAUCGAGUCCUUGUGCAUUGAGCUUAUGAAUUGCUAGAGCUUUCUCGUAUCAGUAAAACAAUCUAAUUUUUGUGCAGCAUAUUUUCUUUGAAGGGUCUAUCCUUUUCUGGAGUUUCUCAACCUUGGUCUCGCAAUUGAAAGGGUAACUGAUGUGUCGUGUGAUAGGAACGACAAUGUAUUGUUGGAUAGGGUCUUUAACUGAUUGUUGAAGUGGUUUUCUCGUUUUUACUUGUUUUGAGCUCCUUCUUUGCCUGAUCUUGCUUUCGCCACUGAGAAUCUCUUUAUUCAGAUAACGUUCAAAUUGCAGGCCUGAAAGAGUGAGAGAAUUGGAAGUGAUUCCUAGAAAUGGAAACGACGCCAUGUCCUUCAACCCCUCGCUGGAACAUUGAGAGGCCCUUCCUCACCGGCCGUUUCCACCAGGAGACAAAAGGAAUCUCGAGAUUUGCUGAUAUAAAGGGACUUCCCAUGGAUUCCUUUAGCUCUGGAUCAGACAAGGCCAUUGGCUGCUAUGAUGCAGCUGUUCAGGAACUUAUUGUCAUCAAUGAUCUCAUGUCUGCUUUGGUUGGAAUUGAAGGACAAUAUAUUUCAAUCAAAAGAGUCCAUGGAAAGGAGGACGUUAUGACUUUCCAGGUUGAUGCUUCAAUGGAUUUGGCACUGCAGGAAUUAGCGAAUCGAAUAUUUCCCUUAUGUGAGAGCUUUCUAUUGAUUGACCAGUUUGUUGAGUCAAGAUCGCAAUUCAAGAAUGGCAUAGUUAAUCAUGCCUUCGCUGCUGCACUCAGAGCACUUCUUCUAGAUUACCAGGCAAUGGUGGCACAGCUUGAACACCAAUUUCGACUUGGAAGACUCUCCAUACAAGGAUUGUGGUUUUACUGUCAGCCUAUGAUGGGUUCCAUGCAAGCAUUAUCCACUGUGGUAAAGAAAGCUUCUAUAAAUAAUUUUACAGGUUCUGCUGUUCUUAACCUUCUGCAGAGUCAGGCCAAGGCCAUGGCUGGUGAUAAUUCAGUGAGGUCAUUACUAGAGAAGAUGACACAAUGUGCAAGCAAUGCGUACCUUAGCAUAUUAGAGAGGUGGGUCUAUGAAGGAAUCAUUGACGAUCCUUAUGGUGAAUUUUUUAUUGCUGAAAAUAAAUCGCUUCAAAAGGAGAGCCUCACGCAAGAUUAUGAUGCCAAAUAUUGGAGGCAACGCUACAGCCUUAAAGAAGGGAUUCCUAGCUUCCUUGCAAAUAUUGCUGGAACAAUUUUGACGACUGGAAAAUACUUAAAUGUUAUGAGAGAAUGUGGGCACAAUGUUCAGGUCCCUUCCUCAGAAAAUUCCAAAUUAAUGAGCUUUGGAUCAAACCAUCAUUAUCUUGAAUGUAUAAAAGCUGCUUAUGAUUUUGCCAGCAGUGAGCUCAUAAAUCUCAUAAAAGAAAGGUAUGAUCUAAUGGGAAAGCUGCGGUCUAUAAAACACUAUCUUCUUCUUGAUCAGGGUGAUUUCCUGGUUCAUUUUAUGGAUAUAGCUCGAGAUGAGCUUACAAAGAAGCUUGAUGAGAUCUCAGUGGAGAAGCUUCAGUCUUUAUUAGAUCUUGCUUUGCGGACCACAGCAGCUGCAGCAGACCCAUGUCAUGAGGACUUGACAUGUUGUGUGGAAAGAUCUUCUUUGCUAAAAACAUUGGCCACCCUGAAAGAUCUUGAAAUAAGGAUUGUUUCUGAUACUAAUGAUGUGGAGGAUCUAAUGAGCAUUACUGGUCUUGAGACAUUUUCUUUGAGUUACAAGGUCCAAUGGCCAUUGUCUAUAGUUAUAUCAAGAAAAGCCCUAACAAAAUACCAGUUGAUUUUUCGCUUUCUGUUUCACUGUAAACAUGUGGACCGCCAGCUUUGUGGGGCAUGGCAAGUGCACCAAGGAGUUCGUGCCCUUAACAUGAGGGGAACUGCCAUCUCUAGAUCAGCUCUGCUUUGUCGUAGUAUGCUGAAAUUUGUUAAUAGCCUUCUACACUAUCUAACAUUUGAGGUUCUUGAACCUAAUUGGCAUAUGAUGUAUGAUAGACUGCAGACGGCGAAAAGUAUAGAUGAGGUUAUCCAAUAUCAUGAUUUGUUCCUUGAUAAAUGUCUCAGAGAAUGUUUGCUUCUUUUACCUGAACUGCUCAAGAAGGUGGAGAAGCUGAAAUCAUUGUGCCUGCAGUAUGCUGCUGCAACUCAGUGGUUGAUAUCAUCUUCUGUUGAUAUUCCGAAGCUAGAGGAACCUAUUGAUGUUCCACAGAAGUCCAGGCAAUGGAGAUCACGAAGCCCAUCUCAGGCGCUUAAAAUGGCAACUCGAAACACAACUGUCACUGAAUCUAUACUCAAAUUUGAGAAGGAAUUCAAUGCAGAGCUUCAAAAUCUGGGACCAAUCCUGAGCAGUAAUUCCCAAGCGGAGCCACAUUUGACUCAUUUAGCGCAGUGGAUUCUUGGAGCUAGAAACGAUCAGUGAUUUUUUAGUAUUGGUUUUUUGAAACUAUAGCUUUUAUUUUGGUGAGUGAAUACAUUUUCCACUGCAGGUUUGCCAGUUCUUGUUGUGUGGGAAACAAGAAGCGAGUGCUUGCUUAAUUUAAUGUGUUCUAGCGUGUUCAGUUUUUCCUUUUAGUAAAUGUAAUUUCUUGAGAAAAAAAGAAGUAAAGUUCUAUUUUUUUGAGAUGAAAGUGGAUGUGAAAUGUUGUUCAAAGAAGCAAUAUUAUAAAGUAGCAUCAACAGAUUGGAGAAAGAACCGGAUUGCAGCAAGAAAAUUUUCAUCUUGUUCAGAAAAUGCAGCUUUUCCAUGCAACGUGUAACUGAACUUCUCAAACGAGUAAUAACGAAUUUAAUUCAAACUAA